AUGGAGAGCACACGCAGCCUGGCCCAGGUCAUCAUGGAGAUGCGAGAUGAAAUCAAGAAGCUGGAGGACGAGAACAGAGAGCUGAGAGGAGACAGCGGUCACUGGUCAGUCGCCGUCAGAACAGGAGAAACCAGCCUGGGAUCAGCAGCGUCAGCAUCAGCAUCAGCAUCAGCAGCAGCAGCAGCAGCAGCAGCAGAGCAGCAGAACGUGGAGGAGAACCACAGUGUGAACCUGAGGAGGAACGUGUCUGCACCGGUUCUGGAUGGACAAUACAAAGAGACCAGCGUCAUGACGGUACGCAGAUAUUCUGUGGGCUCUAAUCUGUCAGCUAAUCUGACUCUGAGAGAAGGAAGGAGUGACAGGAUGAGACGCAGCGACGCUGGGUGGAGGAGAUUACAAGAAGAGAUGCAUCAUGGGAGCGACGUGUUUGCAAACUCUGGGAGAGGAGAAACGGGAAAAGUGAACAACAGACACUCGCUGCAGGAAUACGUCCACAAGAACAGGGCCAAAGUAAAAACGGUGACUUUUCUUCUUCCUGUGGACGACAUUUACACAAAUCGUCCUGCUCUCUACAAACACCAGGGGGAGCCAGCGUUUUCUCAGCUGACCUCCAUCGAUGAGACGGACUCGUGAAAGACGGGACCCAUAAAUACUGUGGCUCUGAGGACACGAGGACAAAGUGAGGAGGACACGAGGACAAAGUGAGGAGGACAUGAAGUGAGUCUUUGACCUGGUUCGUCUCACAGACAGACGGACAGACAGACAGAGUCUGGUUACAGGAGUGUGAGUGAGUGAAGGACACUGAUGAGACACACGAGUGUCUCAGGUGACAAACCUUCACCUGCAGGUGGCAGCACUUUGACAGACUGAGUCAAAUUCAUUCAUUCAUUCAUUCAUUCAUUCAUUAUUCAUCCUGGUUUGUGUUCACAGAGUAAAGUGAAAUCUCCACGUGUGAAUCCAAACACAAUGUUAAUAAAGAAUAUGUUUUA